CUUCUCGUUGGAAGUGACGCACCAAGACCGGGGUCUGAAGCCGGUUCAGGGAGAGGUGUUGAUGGGAAGCUAUGUGUCUCACUGGAUGUUCCUUUUUGCUUUUAAUUAGCCUCAUACUUUGACCAAAGCGGUUAUUGCUCCUCUAUCCUGGUCUUCGGACAAAGACUCUUCCUCUUAAAAGGAGUGCAAUGUAUAAUCCAGACCAUCUCUUGGCACAAUUAUUCAAAAGGUGCAGUUAUUCCUCCUACAGGUGAACCUUAAACUCCAAAAGGCUCAGAAUGCUGAGCCGGCUGCAGGAGCUGAAGAAAGAAGAGGAAGCUCUAUUGAAAAUCAAAACCAAUUUACAAGAUCAAUUAAACCGACUCAAGGUAGAAGAAUUGGCCCUGCGAUCGAUGAUCAUGACCAAGCAAGAUGGUGAUGGUGAUGAUGACAACGGUGACAAUGACAGCUGUGGUCAGGCAUCGGAUCCUGUAGAGUCCUCGAUGCAGGUAGAUGAUGCAAGUGUUAUCAAUCAAACCCAGCUUCAGUUGAGCACAUCGCAGUCAGUUAGAAAUGUGAGACAGGAAGAUGAGGAAGAGGAAGAGGAAGAAGAUGAAGAAUACAGCUUCUAAAUGGGUCGCUUUCAGACAAGAAUGCAAAGAAGUCUCACAAACAGAAUGCACUGAAUUACUUUUUAAGGUGAAGUGUUGAAUUGUACUUGUAAAGAGUGAAGCUUCUGAAUCUGACAAUGUGUCAGAGUGCAAGGUUUUCCAAUAACUGCAGAGUAAGCUAGACACUGGGCAGACGGUUGCCACGGAGGGUGGAAAUCAGCCAUUUCUGAGCCUGCAGACUGUUAACUACUGGAAUAUUGAGCGGAAUUUGAAACUUUGAAAUAUUCAUCUUGAUUGCUGUGCCUCGUUUCUGCAGAGAAACAGGGAAAGACUGAAGGUGAAAAGAAAACGUGGGAUUGGGGGACUUUAGCUUGCUGAACAAAGAUAAUGUGUAUGUUUCUGGUACAGGAAAACACUGAAACAUCCUUGGAUUAAGAAAAUGAAAACUAAAAUGCAUGAUUGUGGCCAAGGAAUAAAAGAGGGCAUGAGAUUCUACAGUCCUAAAUGUUUUUUUUGGAGCAUUGAUGUCAGGGCAUCAGAACAAUAAAUACACACAGUCAGCUGGCCCUGUGGAGUAUAUUCAAAUACUGCAGUAUCAGUUCAGAGCUAAUUAGGAAACUUUACAGUGUGUCUCACUGAGGUUCUAAUGGUGGUAACCAAUACCACACCAUUACCUCCUGGCGCACACACUCCAUGUAAAAUAGCUUAAGGAAUUGAAUAUUGUUGGCCUUGGGCAACAUGUCUUUGAAAUAAUGUUCCACUCCUAAAUAUGUUAAAGAUGGAAGGUGCAUUUGGUACUGAGGGUGAGGUCGAGCUGGGUCUGGCUAGAUGUUUUGUCUCUUUGCAUGGAUAAGUUUUGUUGAAUUUUGGAAAUGAUUUAAAAAUUCUUGUUCUGCUAGAUAUUAGCCAAUUCAUGUAUUUUGUCUAAAAAGCUGACAAGUACAGUUACUGCAGCCUCCUAGCAUAGGAUUGUAAUUAUCAUCUUCAGUCAGCCGCCGUCAGAAGUCUGUUGGCUAUUCUUUGUUUGGGACUGUCCACAGAUGCUCCAUCAUUGACUUGUGUGACUGCAACUGUAUUGCAGCUUGCACCCAUAGGAUAUAUCUACGUGUUCAUUUUGUGAAUUUGUGGAGCCUCACCUUGAGGGACAGCUUAUCCAUUCAUGAGAUUCUUCCCCCAAACUCCCAGUCAGUGUUCCAGGUCAGCAGAGCAGGAGUGCAGACUUAUACAAUGACCCCUGUAAUUCAGUCAUUCCUAUGUAAUUAUUUUCCUCUUGAUUUCCCAGCAUUGUGGCCUAUUCCACAGCCUCGAAGAGACAGGCCAAAAAGUGCUGCUAAGGAAUUUGGGUUUUUUUAUAUUAUACACACGCUUUUUCAAAAAAGUCACCAUUUUCAUCGGCUACAAUACACUGUUCCUUUGCUCUUUUUUAAUAGAUGUAGCAAUGUGCUAGGUUGAGUGGAUUUCAGUCACCUGUGAAAGCCAUUAAUACAGAAUGCCAAUCAAUCUUGAGCAAAUGCACCAUGAUUGUGUGAGCUAAUCCAAACUGAACCAAGUGUUGACUGUAGCAUAAGGUAUGAAACUGUGAAUUUGAGCGUUCUGUUUCUAAAAUUGAGUAUUUUGAUUUAUGGUCAUAUAAAUAAAGAACUGCCAAGAAAAGUGAUAAUUCCUCUUAUAUCUAAAACCAUCCGAGGAGUUUAAGUUUCUCUGAGAGUACACUGGUGGAUGUAUUUGAAUAAUAUUCCUUUAUGCACAGCUGCUGACUGGUUUAUUUGAAAGAGUGGAUCUCCUAUGGCAAUAUACAUUGGGAGUGCAGAUUAAGUGUCGUCUUUAGGUGAAGCAGAUUUAGAGGAUGGGGUAUAAUUGGACAGGGGUGCAGAGGUGUAAUUUGAUCCCUAUUUGAAUGUUAUAAAUUCUAUCUUUAUUAAUAUUUCCAUCGUACAUUCCUAUGUAAAGUUGUAACGGUGUCAUUACAGCAUCCUAGAAGUGGUGAUGCUGUAGGACCUGUUAGCAUGUGAGUGUAAUUUAUGCGGCAAAUUUUAUACUUAUGGUUUAAGUUAUAAAUGUGGACGCAAGAAUUUACAAUAGGUGAUAGAUGCUGAUGUAAGAUUUUUAAUAUAUUAUAGAUGGAUUAAUGACCACAUUAUAAAGUUUUUUUUGUUACUUUAUAAAUGUAGCAGACUUGUGAACCACCAGUAAAUCCAUGAAUGUGUUUUUGGGUUAUUAUAGUCAAGAUCUCAAGGUACUGCCUCAAACAGCUACAAAUGUAUUGUUACGCUUUUGCCUGAUAUUAAAACUGAGAAUGUAGAAGUUUGAUUGUCUGCUUAAACUGACAACAAAAAUGUGUACCCUGUAACACCUUAACCUGGCCAGUGAACACCCUUUAUCAGUGAAAAUUAGACAUCUGUUGGGUUUUGUUUUCCAUUUGUGUUUGUUUUAAUUCAAACCCAUCAAUUGAAAUGUGCAGCCAAUAGUUAACACCAACGUGCAGCAUCCUGGCUGAUGGGGCAAGAGCUAGUGGUGAGCUAAAGGGGGAAUGCUCAAACAGAAAUGAGCCAGAAAGGUGGAGAUGCCAGGACACUGGAUUUGUUUAAGAGCCAUUUGGACAUGAAUGUAUCUUCUGAUCUUUCCCUCCUGAAAACGCAGCGGGAAAACUGAGAAAAUUGACAGGGGUGGUUCUCUCCACCCUUCUGGUGGGUACACUCAAGAUUAGUGAAUGCUGAUGAAGAUCUCCAAUCGAGGCUUUGGUGGGAAGUAGGGAACAUAAAGAAUUUGAGAGGAGAGUGCCAAGAGUGCUAGUGUUUACCUACUGGCUGGUUAAGUUGUUUCAGGACACAGACUGGUUGCAUUUUUUUCUGACUUAAAACCUAUCUUCAUAUUUUAAGUAUUGUUGUAACAUAAAUAUGUAGGGUUCUAUGUGAAAAAUGUGAAAGAUUAUUACAGCUAAUCAAUUGCACUGCUACAAAGAUAGCCAAUAAUAAAAUUGAGUUAUUUUUA